CGCGUCGGGGUCGGGCGGCAGCGCGUCCGCCACUGCGCUGCGCCGCUUGCUGGCGCAGUCGGUUGCGCCGCCCGGCCGGUUUUGUAAUUUCGCCUGGCGGGCCGUGACGUCACUAUACUAGUUUGACGCGCGUGCGUGACAGCCUGCGCCAGGACGCCCGCGCCGCCGCCGCCCCCGACCUUAGUACUAGUGCAAUGACGUGCCCGUUUGUCUCCUCCGCUCUUAGAUACCAGUGAUUACGAUAGUGCAUCUACAGAAUUGAAUGUCACAAUGGUUUGUCGAGCAGUCUUCAGGAAGCUAAUAUUUAUCUGUUUGUUUUGAUUGGUUUAGUCUUUCUGGUUCAAAUAAGAAAUGUUACAAGUUCUCCAUAAGUGCUUGUACAUAAUUGUUUUUAUUCCUGUGUCUGUAUAUCAAGGUGUGUGUGGUUAAUAUGGUACAUGUCAGCGUACAGUCAUGACCAAUUCUCUUCUGCGUGUGAGUAAAUUAUGUGCGCUUAUGUCUUGUAACGACGUGUUCGGCGAGCUUCACCUCUUUAUGUGUGCGCGCGCACACUUUGACAACUCAGCUCCGCUGCAGAGCCUUUUUGUAAUUUUAUUUUUCCUGCUUCAGUUCAGCGACAUAAUGCAAGCAAAUUUUAUAAAAGCCUAAGAUGUUGUUUAUUCAAUAAUCAUGAAUCAUUCCAAAUACGAAAAAUAUAGUUACAAUGAUAUUUGAAUGAUAGUUUUAAGAUGAAUAGUAUGGGAAACAGCAAUUCUCAUUAAGUAAAUAAACCAAUCUUAAUCUAAAUCUAUUUCAUUUUAAUAUGAGGGUACUUAAAACACAAUUCGCAAGUGAAGCCCGGGAUUCGUGAUUGGUAAUUAAAUUAUAUUAAACCGUAGGGACGUUCACGAGUUUGCCUUAGUUAAAUUACUUAAAGAUGUUGUAUUUUGUUUUAAAUAAUGUGUUUAUAAGAUAAAUAAUGAAUUGUUAGCAAACAAAGACAAAGAGCGAAGUUUUAUAUCGUGAAAAAUUCCGUAUUGCAUGAUUGUGUAUGGGUACAUAAUAUUCAUAUGUAUAUAGUACGAGCGUUGGAUACUCUCGAGCUUACAUCUCGGCCGUGAUAUCUCCGUCCCUGUCGCUCGCCGGAGCCUCAGCCUCCGUAGCAAUGCACCGACAACUACGUAUCCCUCUCAGUACAGCUUCUGAACCAAUACGAUUCUUUUUGUCUUUUUAUAAAAUGGGCGCGAUAGCUAGUCGGUGUAAUCCAGAGUUGUGUGUAUGCAUUUAAAGGUCUCGGUCCUUUUCGUGUUUUAAUAUUGUAUUUAUCAAUAAGUCGCUGUAAUGCUGACCAAUGCGUGCUGUGAAAGAGAUUACCCUGCAAAGUAAAUAGUUUAAUACUAACCGGUGCCAUAACUGAUUUGUUUGUAAAUAAUUGUUUACUGACAAGUUUGACAAGCACGUGGAUACAAUAGUUACCAGUUUGUACCGUUCGGAGUUGGGUCUCGUCCCGCGUCGUCCGCCACGACCGCGAGCAGAGCGCGGCGCCCGGCCAGGGGGCUGCUCAACAAGUUCGGGCGCUUCGCGGCGAUCAGAAAUUGUUGUCAGGGGAGUCAAGUGUUGAGCGGGGUGCUCCAGCGAGGAGCCUCCGCCUACACGAAGACGUCACCUACCGUGCCGAGGUACGGCGGCAUGUCCGCGUCGCCGCCGCCGUGCGAGGCGCGCGCGCGCUCCCCGCGAGGCUGCGCGUCGCCCGCGUCCGCGCCGCGCUCGCCCGCGCCCGCGCACGCCGUGCUCGCCACCAUGACCCCCGUGCAGCCCGCGCACGACUACUACCCGCACAAAGUCGAGAUGGACUCCGAUGACGGCUACCCCCCGGAGGCUCACUCGUACCGCCAUUCCCCGCACGAGCUGGCCGCCUAUGCUACAGACAGUAAAGUACCGGUGCAACCCGACGUCUAUGACCAAGGGAUGGAAUCUAUCGACGAGAAAACUCCAAUAGAUUUAAUUUACGAGGAUGAGAAGCAGACCGUGAUUUACACGACGACCCCGGACCAGAAGCGCGUGGAGAUGAUCAGCGGGCAGUUGGACGACGGGCAACUGGUGAGCGGUGGCGGGCAGCUGGUGGACGGCGGCGUGUCUGUGGUGGUGGGCGCGCCCGGCCAGCCGCCCACCGUGCUGGUGCUGGCCGACCACGUCGUGGACGAGCUUGGACAAGUCAUCACUAUACCCAGAAGACGUAAGGAGGUGAUGGAGGUGAGCGGGGAGUCGUGGCGCGCGUACUACUCGGGCGAGCACCCGCUGAGCGCCGCCACGUCCGCCGUGCUGAGCGCCGUGGAUGACCAGCAGCAGCCCAUCGAGUACUACAAGCUGCCGCCGCUCGCACAGGACACGCACCUCAGCCUGCAUAAGGAUGCUAAACUUGUUGAUGUCUGGCCGGCCGGCGGCGCGCUGAAGGCGGCCAAUGGCGCGCACGGGGCGGAGCUGGCCGAGCUCUCGGGGCUGCUGCACGCGGGGCUCGUGAAGCGCGAGCCCGAGGACCUCAGCCGUAAGGUGGUCGACGAGCCCGAGCCGCACGCGCUCAAGCCGCCGCGACACAAGGUGGCGGUGGGAGAGCCCGGCGAAGCGGCCUCGCCGUCCCCGGUGCCCUCGCGCGCCUCCUCGGCCGGCUCGCUGCUGCCGGACGCGGCCAUGUACGCCGCCCAGAUGUUUGCGCCGCCAGGCACCCCCAGCCCCACCCCCUAUGGCGAGCAGUACUCGCGCCAGCCCGCCACCUUCACUGGCGAGCCCUACUAUAGAGAGUACUUCGUCGGGGAAGGCUAUCAACAGAGGGCUGCACCUCCUUAUGCUGAUGCAGAGUCUGCCUCCGCUUCCGCUUUUAGUGAUCGAUAUGCGACCCCUCGCUAUCACAGCAAGAGUGUUAUCGCCGCAGCUGGGCUUACAGUGGACCUGCCCUCUCCCGAUAGCGGCAUAGGAGCCGACGCAGUCACUCCAAGGGACCACGCAUCUGCAGUUCAGCAGUCGUUCGACUACACGGUGAUAUGCCAGCAGCCGGGCGUCGGUGAAGACGGGCGAGGAACGCCGUCAGCACACCACUCGCCUGCGCAAGCACCGCGCACCCGGCCCUGGCAUGACUUCGGCAGGCAGAACGACGCCGACAAAAUACAAAUCGCCAAAUUGUUUUCCCCGUACGGGUUCAAGUACCACCUGGAGACGGCCAGCAGCAGUUCGCAGAGACGUGAAGAUGACCGGAUCACAUACAUCAACAAGGGCCAGUUUUACGGCAUCACGCUCGAGUACAUCCACGACCCUGAUAAACCACUCAAGAAUCAAACAGUGAAGAGCGUAGUAAUGUUAAUGUUCAGGGAAGAAAAGUCUCCUGAAGAUGAAAUCAAAGCAUGGCAGUUCUGGCACGGUAGGCAGCACUCCGUUAAACAAAGGAUACUAGAUGCCGACACGAAGAACAGCAUCGGGCUGGCCGGCUGCAUCGAGGAGGUGGCGCACAACGCCAUCGCCGUCUACUGGAACCCGCUCGAGAGCGCCGGCAAGAUCAACAUUGCGGUACAAUGUCUGAGCACUGAUUUUAGCAGUCAAAAAGGAGUAAAGGGCUUGCCGCUACACAUACAAAUUGACACGUUCGAAGACCCCCGAGACACACAAGUCUAUCAUAGAGGCUAUUGCCAAAUCAAAGUCUUCUGUGAUAAGGGUGCGGAAAGAAAAACAAGGGAUGAAGAAAGGAGAGCAGCUAAAAGAAAAAUGUCGGCUACAAAUAGAAAGAAACUGGAUGAAAUUUACCACCCGGUAACAGAACGCAGCGAGUUCUACUCCAUGGCGGACCUAGGCAAGCCCCCGGUGCUGUUCAGCCCGGCCGAGGACAUCGACAAGCUGACGGGGAUGGACAUCCAGGGCUUCUACGGCCACGACGACUCCGCGCUCGCUGAGGCCCACCUCAAGGGCGCCUCGCCUUUCCUGUUGCACGCUGCCAAGCCCCAGGCGCCAGCCCUCAAGUUCCACAACCACUUCCCCCCCGACGCGCCAGGGUAUCGGGAGGUUGGAGGGCUGUCUCCGUAUAGUGACCGCAAAGACUCGCUGGAGCUGGAGGGCGUGCUGGGCAAGCGGCCGCGCGUGAGCACGCCGCCGCUGAGCGAGCGCGUCAUGCUGUACGUGCGGCAGGACACCGAGGACGUGUACACCGCGCUGCACGUGGUGCCGCCCACCACGCAGGGCCUGCUGCACGCGAUUGAGAAUAAGUACAAAAUUUCAAGUUCGGCAAUUAAUAAUCUAUAUCGAAAGAACAAGAAAGGGAUUACGGCCAAAAUUGAUGAUGAAAUGUUGGCAUAUUACUGCAACGAGGAUCUGUUCCUGCUGGAGGUGCGGCCGGCGGGUGCCAGCGAGGACGAGCGGCUGUACGACAUCACGUUUGUGGAGCUGCCGCUCGACCCCUAGCGCGCGCCGCCGCCAGCCGCCACGCGACAGUCUUAACUUUAAGCGAUUCCAGAUUUACACUCAUCACGUGAAAAAUCUUUAUGGGAUAAGGUUGUAUCAAAAGUGUCGAUCUCAGGUUGAAAUUUACUCGUAAGCGAAUCAUCCUCUCUGUAUUGUUUGAAACGGAAUGUCACAGAACCUUUCGGUUAUCGUUUUGAACUAAGCGAUCGAGUCGAGACCGUUGUGUAAAUAAAUAUCUAUUCUAGUGCCUUAUGGAAUUACAUCGUGAUUCGAAUGCCCGGUGACGGCGGAAAUACGUUUGAUAUUUGUGUAUCAGAAAAUUAAAAUGUUUCAUGUUUUAACGUAAUUUAAUUUUUUAAAUGACGAUGAUUGCUGCUGAAUAUGAACGCGUGUGCCAUUCACUCGGUUAUCAUAGGUAUGUAGUUUACAUUUCAACAGGUACCUUUUAUUCUUGCCAUGAUGAUAAAGUAAUAAAUUCUUGUCACAAACUUAUACGUAGGUAAUAUAUCUACACUGAGAAAACUUCAAGUGCCUUCGUCAUAAGAAUUAAUAUAGCUUAAUGUAAGUGAGUUAAGUCAAAUUAAAUGCCAUCCACUUUGUUAAGUUUUGUAAGCCUAAGUUUGCUUUUUAAGCUCGCUCAAUUCUUACAAUUAGUAAAGUUGAUAUUAGUUUUAGGUUCAAGCAUAUGUAAGUACGUUGCUUCCACCAAGUGACUAGUUUCCGGUUUAUUUUUCUAUUUAUUGAUUAUGUAAAAUUAUGAAUUUAAAUAAAAUAAUCGGUCAUUUGUAUCUUAAUUAGUUUCGAUCAUUACCUCGAACCGAUAAAUGACGUGGAUACAUUUGAAACGGAAGCAAUGGCAUAAAUUACAAUUUUAUGAGAUAGAGCCGAGAUUCCGCGUAAUGUUGGAUGUAUAAUAGUCAUAUAAACAUAGUCACAAAAUCGUCCAUCUGAACAACAUUAACAUUAUCAUCGAUGGGAGGGGUUUAUGUAUAAUUUUAAGAUUUUAUUAAUUUUACUUUUGUUAUAAUAAACGAAUUUCGAUACGUAGAUUAUCGAGCCAUGACAACAAUUUAGUUUAUGAAGUAUUUUAUGUCCAAGACUUAUUUAUAUUUUAAGAUUUCGUGCCGGAUAGGACCAUAUCUUUCUAUAGCAACUUAAGUUUUAAUUGUUUAAAAAGCUCAUCACAAUGAAAAUGUAAAAAUCAUUAACUAUUUCGUGAUCAAUAUUAUUUGUAUUUGGUACCAGGUUCAGGAUGAUCACAACCUAAAUCAUUUGUCUACAAUAAAACAUUAAAUUUAUUGUUAAGUUAUCUCCACCGAUUAUUCAAAAUCCAGAACAAGGUUCUGUAUCUGCGCAUGCGUGUUGCGUGUUGCGUGUUGCGAUGUGGUUCGAGGCGGGCCGCGGGCCUAGUGCGGACGGUUCGGUUAACUGCCAUAUUAUGACAUAAUUUAGAGUACUUAAUGUUCUUAGACGUAGAUUCUUUAACAUAAUGUUAGUUCUUUUUACUGUGUCUCAUGUGACUUGCAGGUAGACAUCGAAUUUUAAUUAAGAUAUAUUAUAGUUCAUAUUAUAUAUUGUAAUGUGUUGUUUUUAUGUUUCAUUCAGCUCUAGCUGCAAUUGCGUUGUGACUGGUCUGUCCUCGCGUUACUUUGAUCUUCCAAUCUUUUGGCUUUUGUACACUUGUUAUAUUUUUCACAACUGGAAUCUCAAUUUCCUUAAAAUGUUAUGUUUUGGUUACGACUUUACGACUCCGUUGCUCAAUGUCCGCUCCCGCAGUGGUGGGCGGAUUCUAACUGCAUUGUUUUUAUACUCACACGUAUUCAAGUAAUUAUAUUUAUUUAUAUACUUAUUAAUAUAAAUUGUGCAGCUUUAAUGAUUACUUACAAUGAUGUUAGCUCGUGAUUCAGAAUCUCGUCAUAAGUCACAAAUGUCAGUAGCAAUAAUACAGUCUAGUAGAUAAAAUGUAAGCGUCCGCGGCGUGCCGCCAGCGCGGGCCUGCUCCCGGCAACGUUGUGCAAUGUAUAAUCAGAGUUUUACUAUAAAAGUUUAUAUAAUUAUUUGGAAAAUGGUGAAGAUGAACGUCAAUUGGAUUGAUAAUUAUAUAUAAUGUAGGGACCGGCGACGGCGCGGCGCGGACGCUCGGCUCGCGGAGGUAUUAGUCACACUAGUUAAAACACAACCCGAAAGUGGUAGCACAUUUUCGUUAUUAAAUUGUACUGUACUUAA